AUGGUGAAGAUACGAGUUCUGCUCGCCGUCAUUUGCGUCACUGGCUCCUGCCUUUUUGCACAGGGCAUCCCCAAUCGUCUUCGGGGAGGAGAGACGCGCCGACUGUUGGAGGAGGCUCCGCAUCUUCUUGUCUACAUGUUCCAGAAGAUGAACGAAAUGGGUAAAACUCGGGGCCAAUUCCGGUCUUUUUACGAUUCGUACUCCGCAAGUAAACAAAGCAAUCAAAGCGGUUUGCCCGGAGAGCAGAAGCAUUUGAGAGACGAGGCUGUGGCCUUGCACGAACAGGUCCAGCGGCUCAAGGCAGAUUUGAAGAAAGAUGCAGAGAAUGUGAGGGAAUUCUUAGGGAAGUUGAAGCGGUGCUGGGAUGACGGCAACGCUGCGGCUGCUGGUCGUGACCAUGAGGUGCAACUUACCAUUUGGAAGGUGACUGAAGUUCUCCAUCAAGUCGAAGAAGUUCUAAAGACGGAUGAUAACACGUAUGGUGGCCUUCUUCUGUAG